CGUACUUUGGCUACAACAGCCGCCUCUGCCGCUAUGAACUCCGUAUCUGAACCGUCAGAGAAAAAGUCGAAGAAUUUGAAUCCAUCUCUUUCGUUAUUUUCUCUUCCAGAUGACAUCCUUCUGAACUGCAUAGCUCGGAUAUCACCAUCGUACUACCCUAAACUCACUCUAGUCAGCAAGACCUUUGCCUCUCUCGUCUCAUCCUACGAGCUCUACACGACUAGACUUCUUCAAAAAACCGACGAACACAUCCUUUAUGUCUAUUUACAGUUUUCCAGUUACAGUAGUAGUCCUCUUUCCUGGUUCUGUCUCUGGUUAAAACCUAACCAAACCCUAACCAAUGACUUGGAGAAUACCGGGAAUGCUUUGUUGGUACCAAUACCUUCAUCUUAUUGUCAGCGUCUACCAGCGUUCACGUGUAAGGUUGGUUCAGAGUGGUACGCUAUCAAUCGCUACGGUUAUCCAGCUUCCAAUUUGUCAGUCUCUAAAUCAGGGAUUUGCGACUGGCUUGAACUCCCGAACAUGACUGUGGCUCGAGGGGAAGAUGCCAUUGCUGGCGUCCUCGAUGCGAAAAUAUACGUUAUGGGAGGUUGCAGCAUAUAUGAAACCAAGAAUUGGGCUGAGGUUUACGAUACAAAGACUCAAACUUGGGAAUCUUUACCUGACCCUGGCGUCCAGCUACGUUUUUCUACACUUAAGAAAAUGAGAGUGAAGGGGGAAAAGAUCUACGUUGAAAGCAUCAAGAGGAAUAAGAAUGGUUGUGAUGUUUAUGAUACCAAAGAAGGUAGAUGGAAAGUUUUAGGUCGACCACCCAUGAUUGCGUCUAAUGUUGUGAUAGAGAAUAUAAGGUACUUUUACUUCAAUAAAGGUAUUUUGUGGUAUGAUAAGAAGCACAAUAAGUGGGGAAGGGUCAAAGGUUUGUCGGUGCUGAAGAGGUACUGCGAAGGUGAUAGUGGUAGUUUCGAAGUGGUUAAUUGCGGUGGGAAACUCUUAAUGAUUUGGGACAAGCUUGUGCAUGCUUGUCAUGGCUAUGAGAAGAAUAUUUGGUGCGCGUCGAUUGCGUUUAAGAAGGGGAAUGGUGAUGAAAAUGUUAGGGGUAAGGUUGAGUGGGCUAAUAGUGUGCGUACCGUUCCCAUUUCAUGUGUUCUAGUGCGUCAUGCAAUACGAUCACUUUGAUUAAUUACAUAUCAUCAUGGGUUUUUUCUUUUCUUUUUAGUGUUUUACAAAUUGGGUCCCUUUCCAUGUUUAUAAUUACAUUGAUUUGGUGGCUAAUAACAAUGGU